CAGACGACUCUGCCGUCGAAUCAGCAGCUCAUGUUCGCCGGAAAGAAUGAGCUUCCUCCCUACAGCGCCAUUGGCGAGAACCCCGCCGCCAGCUCUGUGAGGGGUUGGAACUCCCAUCUCCAAUUACCCCGCAGGUCGCGAUUUCUGCGCGUGUUUGGGUUGGCCUGCCUCGCGUUCAUCGUCUACGCGCAAUGGCGGCAAAUAUCACCCAUCGGAAGAUCUUCGAACUCAGAAUCCAACUUGCAUGGCCUCUCAAUCGCGCAACUAGAAGAGGAUCUUGCAACAUGCGCCAAACUGCAUCACAACCCAGUGGAUCCCGCCGGGUACGGGCGGGCAAGGAACUCCCGAUAUGUUGACGGCCACCGGCCCACCCUCAUCAAAAACGCAACGGUCUGGACCGGAGAGCCGGUCAAGGGAACAGCGAACUUCAGCUGGAUACAGGCAGAUGUGUUUGUGGAGUUUGGUCUCAUAAAAAACGUCGCCAAAUCAAUUGCGGUGAAAGAGUUGCCUGAGGAUGUUUUGGUCUACGACGCGAAAGGUCGCCCACUCACUGCCGGUAUCAUCGACAUGCACAGCCAUGCUGCGGUACACUCUCUACCGACCAUACACGGCAAUGAGGAUGUCAGCGAACUUUCAAAGGACAUCACGCCCUAUGUCAGGAUAAUUGACGGCAUCCAGCCGACGGAUAAUCAGCUUCAGGUCAUCAAGUCCGGGGGCGUGACGACGUCACUGAUCCUCCCUGGCUCCAGCAACAACAUCGGCGGAGAGGCCUUCCCGAUCAAGCAUGCCGUCGGACAACAGGAUGGGCGAAAUGAAACGAGUGUUAUCGAUAUGCUGGCAGACCCGGAUCGGACCUGGCGUUACAUGAAGAUGGCUUGCGGUGAAAACGCCAAGCAGAUCCACGGCAAAGUUGGCGAGCGUGGGCCGUACAGUCGCCUAGGGGAGAGCUGGGAACUUCGCCAAGCUUUUGAGCAAGCUACGAAGUUGAAGCGGGAGCAAGAUGAUUGGUGCCGAAAUGCUGCCCAUGGGCUGGAUAAUGUCAAGACGUAUCUCCCUUUCGAGCUGGAAUGGGAGGGGCUGGUCGCUCUCUUGAGAGGUCAGGUCCACGUUCAUACCCACUGUUACACCAUCAACGACCUCGAAGCCUUUGUCGAUCAUACCAAUGAGUUUAAGUUCCCAAUCAGGGCUUUUCAUCACGCUCACCAAACUCAUCUUGUGCCUGAUAUACUGAAGCGGGCUUGGGGUGAUGAUCCACCAGCAUCAGCCCUCUUCGCCGAUAAUAUGUGGUACAAGGCCGAGGCCGCCAUAGGUUCCGAAUAUGCCGGCAAGCAUCUCUAUGAUGCGGGUCUCGUUCCCAUCUACGUCAGCGACAACCCGGUUCUCAACGCCCAGCAUGUCGUCUUCGAAGCCGCUAAAGCCUACAAGUAUGGGCUGCCAUAUCACGCAGCGCUUGCAUCGGUAACAACGGCCCCGGCUGAGCGACUCGGUCUUGGUGAGCGCCUAGGCAAGAUCAAGUCUGGGUAUGACGCCGACAUCGUGAUCUGGGACAGCGAUCCCUUGAGUGUUGGUGCGACCCCUGUCCAGGUCUGGAUUGAUGGCACGGCUCAGUAUGAGAGUCCAUUCGAACUGAAGAAGCCGUUCGAAGGGACGCUUGUACCGGAUGAGGACCUCGGAAAUAUCGAGGACGAGUCAGCUGUGAUCAACGGCGACGUGGUCUUCACUGGUAUCUCAAAGGUUCUCAUGUCUGUCAAAAAAGCAGGCGACUCCGCUGAUGGAGAGAUCUACAACGUGGCCGUCUCCAAUGGCAAGAUCACUUGUGUCGGAAUCUGCGACCGUGAGCUCGAGACCGCGUCCAAGGUCAAAGGUGCCGUGAUCCACAUCAAGAACGGACAUCUCUCCCCAGCUUUUACCGCCUUUGGCUCGACGCUAGGUCUGAACUACAUUGAGACCGAGAGUGUCACGGACAACGGAGCAGACGGGGGUCGCUUCAGCCGCGGGGUCGAUGGUCUCGCGCUCGAUACAGAGAAACUCCGUGUUGCCCAUCGAUACGGUGUUACAAGGGCUAUCUCGGCCCCGAAGUUCGCCGGCAUCGCGACCCACCACGGCACCAGUGCGGGGUUCCUGACCGGAGCGGAGACGGUACUUGACUCUGGGGCCGUCUUUGCUCGAGAUGCCGCGCUACACUACACGCUCGACCUCUCAGCUAAACGGGGGGUCGAUGGAAUCUCGUCUAUGUCUGCAGCCGUCGGUGACCUGCGCAACAAACUCUUGAGAGCCGUGGCCUCACUGGCGUCUGAAAAUCCCAUCAACUUUGAAGAGAAGUACUCAGAGGCUUCAUUCCUUCGUGAGGUGAUACGAGGAAAGAUGGCUCUCGCAAUUACUGUUCAUAGCGCCGAUACCAUCGCAGCCCUGUUGGAUGUGAAGUCUUCAAUCGAAGACACAAUCAAAGAGGCCCAUCUGGGCGGCAGCCGUUUAAGGCUUGUCGUUGUCGGCGGCGCGGAAGCGCAUCUUGUUGCCGAACAGCUCGCAUUAGCUGGCGUGGGUAUCAUCCUCGCUCCGUCGCAAUCUUUUGCAGUUUCGUGGGAUCAACGAAGGGCUCUUACAGGAGCUCCUCUGACCAACGGGACGGCGAUCGACAUUCUCGUCAACGCGGGGGUACUGACGGCCAUCGGCCUUGAGGAAGAUUGGCUCAUUCGCGACUUGGGACUUCUAGCCGGGGUUGCAUACGCCAAUGGGGGACACAGGAUAAGUGAGACGGCGGCACUUGAUCUGGUCAGCCGCAAUAUCUAUGACAUGCUGGACUUAGCGUACGAGGAGCGAGAUCAUUUCGUAAUAUCAUCGGGCCAUCCACUUGAGAUUGGUUCCAGGGUAAAAGCUGUUGGAAACGGGCAAAGGUGUUGGCGUGUAUGA